AUGGAGAGUCGCAAAAGCCGUCUCAGGACUGCCACCAAGCAGAACCAGGAGAUGGUGGACCUCCUCGAGCAACUCAAGGACUCUGUCACAGACAGUGCGAAGCAACAGAUAAACGACAUGCUAGAUCAUGUGAGGGACGACAUUUCCGAUGCUGCGGCUACAUUAGGACUGGAAAAGUCGCCCGACCGCGAAGAUAAACACGGAGAAUCCGCAGUGUCUGCCGAAGUGGGCUCGAACGACGAGACCGAUAUGUUGGAAGAGAAUAUACUGCAGAGCUCUGACUCUCAGGCAAUCGGCUACAUCGGCAAGAGUUCCGAGGUGCAAUGGCUACAGCGUCUGCAACAAGAGACGGAACACGCCGAGCAGAGUUCGGCUCGUCCUGGCAGUCCGUCUCGUCCUGGCAGUCCGUACGGACCCCCCGGAACCGGCUCGAAGGCUGCGAAGCGGCGUAUGGAAGCGCUGAAGCAGCGCCAACAAGAGAAGCCCCACAUACCGAUCAGCACUUCUACAUUCUACUUGGACAAUGAAGGUACCGGAGUUGAUUACACAGUCGAGCCGUACAAGUUGCCACCUGUUGAGGUUGCGCAGAGGCUCCUCGAUCACUACAUGAAUACCGUCCAGGAUGCGUUUCCAAUGCUGCCGAAACACACAUUCACAGAUCAAGUCCGCCAGUACUAUACAUCUAUGGCACAAGGGACGCCUUACCACGUGCCGGGGAAAUGGCUGGCAAUACUGAACCUAGUUUUCGCUAUUGGAGCAAGGUAUUCAUAUCUGACAGGGGCAGAUUGGCAAGCGGACAGCCGGGACCACGUCAUCUACCAAUCUCGUGCGCAUAUGUUGAACAUGGACGAGCCUUCUCUAGUGCACCAGCCAGACCUUAUGCGAGUUCAAAUGACUGCUCUGUUCGCCUUUUACUCUUCCGCCGUUGGAAACGUUAACAGAGCAUGGGUCGCCAUAGGCAUUGCCCUUCGUUACGCACUUGCGCUUGGCUUGCAUCUUCGGAAUGAAGACGAAACCACGAAGUUCGCCCGGAAAGAAAACUUGGUGCAUGCUUGGUGGGCUUUGUACACCCUGGAAGCGAGCAUGAGCAUUAUUGUCGGCAGGCCAAGUCUUGUUGCCGAAGACUACUACUCAACGCCGUUGCCAUUACCAGCAUCAACAGAGCAGUUGCGGAAUGACACAUUGUUGUCUCGUUUGCACGAGCAAGGUAGAGGAACCGGUCUCUACGACAACCCUUCUGAACCCAAGUCAGCGCCUUCCGAGCCUUCGAACGAAGGCUCGUUUCUGAAGAGCAUGGUUCAUAUCAGUAUGAUAGCGCAGAGAGCUAUGGUUGGUUUGUAUGCUGCCAAAGUUACGACAAAGUCAUGGAAGCACAUGCAGGGGACAAUUACUGGUUUGUGUAAUGAGCUCGAGCUAUGGGCAACAAAUCUUCCCUCAGGCAUCAGCUUCUUACGACCAGAAAACCAGUCAAACUUCGUCCGCGAACGUCUGAUUCUGCAAAUGAAUUACAUCAGGAUAAAGAUUCUGAUCACUCGGCCUUGCUUGUGUAGGUUAGACGCCCGUAUUCCGGAUCAGACAAAGGCUUCAGGCGACUUCAACCAGAAAAUGGCCCGCACGUGCAUCAGUGCUGCAAAUUCCUUCACAGACACUCUACCAGACUAUACGAAUGUAGCUUACCUGUACCAGACUGGACCCUGGUGGUCCAUGAUCCACCACAUUAUGCAAGUACUUACGGUCCUGCUUCUGGAGGUUUCCUAUAAUACAGUCCACCUUCCUGAGGACGACAAAGGAAUCCUGCCCAGGAUCAAGAAGCUGCUUCGGUGGCUGAGAGUGUUGAAAGAAAAGGACCGAGUCGCAGCACGUGCCCAUGAUGUGGCUUUCAGUGUCUUACAGGGGCUGGCUACCCGAACAAAGUCGGACUUAUCCGAUUUGCUGCAAGACGAUGUGGCAGCUUCUUCACUCCCAGCGAUAUCCACCCCGCACGAUCAGUCUACGAUGGAGGAAUCCGACAUGGGACAGGUGUUUUCGACCGGCGAAUAUGGCUACAACCACCAGACGGUUGAUUCGUCGAUGUCUGCGUUUCCAUCAGCUUUGUACCCAGACGACCCAUUGCUACCAGAACAUUCGAGUCAUGCUGGAGCUUCACUUUCAGGACCGCUCACGCCCUAUCCCCCUUUCGGUAACGCAUUCGAUAAUGUCCACGAUGAGUAUAAUCACCUAUAG